UGGAACUUAAAUUGACACUCAUUCAACACUUCUAUCAACCUUUUAUUAUAAAACCCCAUUUAGAUUCUUCACAUUUCAUCAAAUUCUUUAAGCUUCGCUUCAUUCUUUUCGAAGUCUCUGCUCUUGAAUAUCAGAAUAUUCAUUUUUUUUCAACUCUGCAACUCAUAUCUCUCAACAUCACCAACAAGAACAUGAAGAAGGUUGUGAUGAAAAUUGAAUUGCAUGAUGAGAAAGUUAAGCAAAGAGGCAUGAAACUUGUUUCUGGCCUCAAUGGGGUGGAUUCAAUUGCAAUGGAAAUGAAAGACAAGAAACUAACUGUGAUCGGAGAUGUAGAUCCAAUAAAAAUAGUGGCGAAGCUCAGGAAGCUCUGUCACACGGAGAUAUUGACAGUUGGAUCUGCCAAAGAACCGGAGAAGAAAAAAGAAGAGCCAAAGAAAGACGAAGGUAAAAAAGAAGAGGCAAAGAAAGAUGAUGGUAAAAAGAAAGAAGAAGCUGUGAAAGCUGCUGUAGUGGCUUACCCUGGUUUUCAACAGGGUUAUUAUGUUCCACAACAAAUGCAUCCAGCAUAUUAUCAGCAGCAACAUGCUUACAGUUAUCAGCAGCAGCCUUCAGUGCCAUUACACUACUAUCAUAAUCGCGGAAGUGUGGAAGAAGAUACUAAUUCUUGCGUUAUUUGUUGAUUCAUAUCGAAUAUUUCAUAUCAAUUCAAAAUAUUGUGAUUAUUAAAUUUGUAAUAAGUUGAAGUUCGGAGAGCUGAGAUUUUAGAUGUGUGAAUAUUGUUUUUUUGUUAAA